AGAAUAUUAUUUAUCUUGAUAUAUUUGGAAAGAAUCUGGGAUGACUGUUACUGCCUACAGCUGUGCAGGGAAGUGUGAUAGGCUCCAGGAGCAGUGGAGGAGCCCAACAUGUCCCUCUGUCCCUCCACUUUAAGUGUUACCCAGCUUCCUGAUCCCACCUGGCUUUUGCACCCAAGUCAGCCACUGAACAGACUGAAUAGCCAGGCAGAGACAGUGUGGAGAUGCCCUUGCAGCAGUGAAAACUUCAGGUACGGUUUGGUGUUCCUCUUCUCGCCAGCCCUUGUUUUGCUGGUUAUUGGAUAUUUCUUGAACAGCAAGACCUGGAAACUCUUUACAGGCUGCUGGGUGAAUCCCAGAAAAAUAUUCCCCAGAGGCAAUGUCUGCCAUUUCUUUUACGUCUUUGGACAAAUCACUUUAAAUGCUCUGGUAGCCCCAGUGAUGUGGCUUUCCGUGGCUUUGCUCAACGGGACUUUUUACGAAUGUGCCAUGAGUGGCUUGGAAAAUCCCGCCUACUUACACGCAGUUUGUCACAGAAAAUCGGAGAACUGCUUUGAAGAGCUACACAAGGUACCCUGUGACAAAAGCUCCCUACCCUUUCCAGAGAGUGACGAACUGAAAAGAACACUUCAAGCACAGUCCCAGAUUUUAGGCUGGUGUGUGAUAGUUACUGCAACUCUCCUCUCCCUGCUAACCACUUGCUGUGCCAGCUGCCAGUCAAAAGUCAGCCACCUCCAGCUGAUGUUCUGGAGAGUGUAUGAGGGGACAGAGAAGGAGCAACUGGAGCAGAUUUUCCAGCUGUAUGCCACCAAGCUGAGCGAGCGAAACCUCAAGUGCUUUUUUGAAAACAAGGAACCAGAACCCAUUUCCCUGCCAACCUUCCAGGCAUGGGAAGAUGCUUCCCAGCUCUACUCUUUCAGCAGCAGCAAACAGCAUUACAGCACGAUUCACAGGCUAGUUGAAGAAGGCCAGAAAGGAACCAGUGAGGAAAGAGAGACAAUGCUGGACCUUGCGGACAGAAGGGAAAUACCAUAGACCAAGUAUAUUUUCAGCUUUUUCAUAUCUUGGAAAUAUGGCAUACUUCUAGCUGGAUUUGUCUCUAUAUUUUUUCACAAUGGCCUCUUUCUUCUUCAUCAUGCUUCCUCCCAAUAAGAUACUUGCUCCAAAAGGAUGGAAUGAUUUCCCUAAGCGAGUGAAAAGGCUGCAGUAUUGCACAGCACGCAGGGUUCAUGUCACUGGCUCAGCAUCAAGAGCUGACAACACAAAGAAAUUAAUAAUAGCUUCUACAAGAGGGUUUUAAUAACAUGCUAUGUAAAAUGUGCUAUAGUGUGCUUGUCCUAUGUAAAUCAAGAGACUAUCAACAAGUAAAGUAAUUUAAAGUGUGGGAAUAUAAUAACAAGAUACAUGAAGCUUUCUGACAGCCCACAGAAAGUAAAGGUUUUCUGUCCAGGUCAUUUCCAGGCUAAUUGCAGGUACAGCCUUGUUUUGAGGCACCAGUGAUCCCUCAAGGCUUCUCUGUCUUUGGAUAUUUUGCCUCUGUAGAACAUGUCCCUAUUAUCUGCUCCCAAUCUAGACCUUCUCUUUGUAUGAUAUAAAGUUUUAGUUUUGAGUGAGUUUCAGGCACUGGGUGCAGCCUGUAGUGCUAUGUAAUAUUGUUGUUUCUGGGCCUGCAGCCAGCGUACAACAGAGAGUCUGGAAGGAAUUUCAAAUUUUUAAGACAAGAAAAUAAUUUUGCAGAAGAUUGACUUUAUUUUUUUUUAAUAUCCUAGGAAAACUUAGUGUCUGGAGCAAGAAGAGCCAGCACGUGAGGCAACUACAGAGUCAGUGCCUCUGAAAAAUGCAUUUCACCCAGAGCCCUGUGCUUUAUCUCACCCACUUGGAAUUCAUCACUCGGCUCUCAGGGUGUUCAGAAUAUUCGCAGAAUAUUGUCCUGUAUAAAAGGACAACAAAAUUAUUUUCCCUAGGGUACCUGAGCCGGCUUUUGUGCAGCAUUUUCUUGCCAGUCCCUCUGAGUCUGCAAAGAAUCACAGUUUUGCUGUGCUCUAACCAUGCUCUUCUCUACAAACCAGGGCAUUCUGCCCAGCUGUUCUCAUACUCAUUGGGCUUCUGCAGGUAAAAGCAUCUAUAUACAGACCAUUACUGUUUAUGAAAUAAAACACAAGAGUUAAUUCAACUCUCUGGUUA